AUCGUUUCCUUCAGUAAGUGACGAUAAGAAUGAAUGGACAUAUAUCAAACACCCCUCCCGGUGGAUAUGGAAGUUAUUUUCCUCAAAUGAAUGGCUAUGGCUCCCCAACGUUUGCUCAGGCAGAGAGGGAGCAGAAUUCAAGAACAAGUGCAAAAGCUCUUUAUGAACAAAGAAAGAAUUAUGCACGAGACAGUGCCAGCAGCAUAUCUGAAACUUCGCAGUAUCACGUAGAGCACUUGACCACCUUUGUUCUGGACCGAAAAGAAGCAAUGAUUACAGUAGAUGAUGGAAUAAGGAAGCUGAAAUUGCUGGAUGCCAAAGGCAAAGUGUGGACUCAAGAUAUGAUUCUUCAAGUGGAUGACAAAGCUGUCAGUUUGGUGGACUUGGAAUCAAAGAAUGAACUGGAGAAUUUUCCUUUAAGCACAAUUCAGCAUUGCCAAGCUGUGAUGAAUGCAUGCAAUUACAAUUCAAUUCUUGCAUUAGUAUGUAAAGAACCAACCCAAAACAAGCCCGAUUUGCAUCUUUUCCAAUGUGAUGAGAUUAAGGCUAGCUUCAUUCAUGAAGAUAUUGAAAGUGCAAUCAGUGACAGUAAAAGUGGGAAACAAAAGAAGAGGCUUGAAACACUGAGGAUGAUAUCCAAGGCUGACGGCGCCAUCCCACCGCCGCCGCGGGCGCCUGCCCCCGUGCCGCCGGGGACCAUCACCCAAGUGGACGUGAGAAGCCGGGUGGCGGCGUGGUCGGCCUGGGCCGCCGAGCAGGGCGAGCUUGAAAAACAUAGACAGUACCAUGAUCACGAAGAAACAGCAGAGAUGAUAGCAGCCAGGAUUGACAGAGAUGUUCAAAUUCUGAACCAUAUUUUGGAUGACAUUGAGUAUUUUGUUACCAAACUUCAAAAAGCUGCUGAAGCAUUUGCUGAACUUUCAAAGAGGAAGAAAACUAAGAAAAGUAAAAAGAAAGGACCUGGAGAGGGAGUUCUUACUCUCCGUGCAAAACCACCACCUCCAGAUGAAUUUGUUGACUGCUUCCAAAAAUUCAAGCAUGGCUUCAAUCUUCUGGCCAAAUUAAAGUUCCAUAUCCAGAAUCCUAGUGCAGCUGAACUGGUUCAUUUUCUCUUUACCCCACUACAUAUGGUGGUACAGACGACAGGAGGUCCACAGCUUGCUGGUACAGUACUCAGCCCCCUCUUAACAAAAGAUGCGAUAGACUUCCUGCGAUAUACUGUUACCAGUGAGGAAGGGCAGUUGUGGAUGUCAUUGGGUGACACAUGGACCAAAGCCAGAGCGGACUGGCCCAAAGACCAUUUUAUUCCACCUUAUGUCCCCCGUUUCCGAAAUGGUUGGGAGCCCCCUUUGCUGAACUUCAUGGGAGCUCCAAAGGAGCAAGAACUCAACCAUUUGGCUGAGUCUGUGGCAAACGUUGCAGAGCAACAGCGGAAGCAAGAAAUGAAAAGACUGUCAACUGAGCCUCCCAGUGUUCCCGACUACCCUCCGUCGGAUGGGUAUGCAUUCAGUAACACAGUUUACAAAAGAGGGCCUCUGCUGGACCAGGGGGCGGCUGUUGCUGCCUUUAAGCAAACUGUUAGCCGACAUGUAGAUAGAAACUAUGAAGCACACAGUAAAGCACAGACCAAGAAAUAUGCCAAAUGCAAGUACGAAUUUAUGGCAAGAAACAACAGUGAACUUUCUGUCAUGAAAGAAGAGAUCGUAGAGAUUCUGGAUGACAGAAAGCAGUGGUGGAAGGUUCAGAAUAAAAGUGGCAGCACAGGCUUUGUGCCAAACAACAUUUUGGACCCUCUGAGGAAUCAAGAAGGAGGUCUAGGCUGGUCAGAGCCUGCAUAUACCCGCACCAUCCAGAAACAAAGGACGGACUACGUCGCAAAACAACCCGAUCCAGUUCCUGCUACUCCUUCACCACCUCCAACACCCGCUCCUGUCCCUGUGGCUGUCCCCCUCCCUCCUAGCGCACCAGCACCUAUACCGGUUCCUGUGCCCAAAGCGCCAGCAACCAUCAGCCGCCAAAGCAGCACAUCUAGCGACAGCGGUGGUAGUGUUGCACGAGACGCCCAGAGGCAGAAGCAAGUUGCUGUGGAUCGCAGGAAAUCGCAGAUGGAGGAGGUGCAGGAUGAACUUGUCCACCGGCUCACCAUCGGCCGAGGCGCUGCCCAGAGGAAGUUCCAUGUGCCACGACCAAACAUCCCGGUAGUUAACAUCACUUACGACUCUUCACCUGAGGAUGUGAAAGCGUGGUUGCAGUCCAAAGGAUUCAACCCCGUGACUGUCAAUAGCCUCGGUGUGCUGACGGGUGCUCAGCUUUUCUCCCUCAAUAAAGACGAACUGAGGACUGUUUGCCCAGAAGGGUCUAGAGUUUACAGCCAAAUUACGGUACAGAAAUCUGCCUUGGAGGCUAACAGUGGUAGUUCAGAACUGCAAGAAAUUAUGAGAAGACGACAAGAAAAAAUCAGUGCAGCUGCCACAGAUUCAGGUGUGGAGUCCUUUGAUGAAGGAAGCAGCCACUAAAUGUGUUUCCUCUUUUCUUUAAUUCUAUUGUCCAUAGCAUUAUACCAUCCAGCUUUGCUUUAGGAAGCAGUGAAGGUGAAUGUCUUACUAUAUUGUAAACGUAACUAGCCAUCAUAAAGAAAAUUUACAGUAGUCUCCACAGAAGUACCUGCUGCUGGCUUCUCAUCAUUAAAAAUGUACAGAUGAGAAAUUCAAUGGAGGUUCCUGACGGGUGAAAAUAUUGGCACAUGAUUCAUUUACACCCAAAGAUGAGUCCUGACUUUAUGGAAUUAACAUGACAGGUAAACUGGAACAUGUCUUUGUGAUUCAUCCGAGGGAAGCUGAGCCAGCAAUAAAAAAGCAUUUGAACCUUUCAGUAAUAACAAGAUUCUGAAUCCCAUCUCUUGCUGUAGUGGGCAAUUAUGUCUUUUUGGCUCAGUCUGUCUUGUCAUGCAUUGGGCUGCAGGAUGUUUACUGAAGUCAUUGAUGCCAGCAA